UUCUGCAGAUGUCAGGUACAGACUCACACAGGGUCAGAAGGAGAGGGAUAACGACACAAAGAGUUUGGGAUAAAAGGGACAUUCUCCAGCUCAUUAUUUCAUAACCCCUCCAGCAGACUUCAUCGUGCCUGGUUACCCUUGAACUUCAGAGUUUUUGUGACUUCCCCAAACCUGUGUGACCUGAAUUCUACCUGCUACAGUCCCAGGAGAGGACUUUCCAAACUGACUUGGACUGAGUGGUACCCACACAUCUCCUACCCAGUGGGCAUCUCUCUUCUUCACCCGUCUCCUGAGCAUCAAGGGACCACACAAGAGGCUUUCCGUCAUUAUCGUUGGCACCCCCUGGUAAUGAGGGAUGUGGAGCGGUAGAGCAUCCAUACUGUUCCUUUCUCUGCUACUGCCACUGCUGCCCUCUACUGGCAGGGCACAGGUUGUUCUCACCGAUGAUGAGAUUGAAGACUUUCUGGAGGGAUUUCUGAAAGAGCUGGUCCCAGAGGAAGAAGAUGAGGACAAGGGGGAGCCUAAGAGGGAGGACGAUGAAGAGGGCGUGCUGAUUACUAGGGCGGAGAGGUACGAGGAAGAGACUAAAGUGGGAAAAAAGACAAAAGCGACAAAGAACGAAGAUGGAGGACAACCUGGGAGAGCUAAUGAAAAAGCAAAGAAAGAAAAGAAAGAGAAAGCACCUAAACCAACUAAAAAACCCAAAGAAAAGCCUCCCAAAAAAGAAAAGACUCCAAAACCAACCAAAAAGCCAAAGGAAAAGAAACCAAAACCAACCAAAAAGCCCAAAGAAAAGCCACUAAAACCUACAAAAAAGCCAUCAGAAAAGAAACAGGAUCAACGUCCAGAACAGGACAGAUACAGUAAGCCAAAAGUUAUUGUGGAGGAAGAAAGGCACACAGCAACCAAAACUGAAGAAGAAGAAGAGGAGGACAGAAGAUAUAGUAGACCUGAAAUUCCUGAUGACUAUGAAGAUAGUUAUAGAAGGCCGCAAGUCACAGGGAGAGAAAAGGAGGAGACAUAUAAAAAACCCCACAUUACCGGGGAAGAGGAAGAUGUGAGAAAUAGAAGGCCUCAUGUAUCAGUGGUGGAAGAAGAAGAUGGAUACAAAGAACCUCAAAUACCAGAGGAUUAUGAUUAUGACAGGUACAAAAUACCAGGGGUCACAGGAGCAGAAGAUAAGUAUAGAACACCACAUGUGGCUAAGGAAAUUGAGAAUAAGUAUAGGACACCUGACAUUACUGGACAAGAUAGAUACAAAAGACCUCACGUCACUGAAGAAGAGGACGGGUACAGGAAGCCCUCAGUGACUGACUCAAAAACACAUACGGGAGAAGAUGUAUGGGGUGAAGGAGGAUAUGUGGAGUCACUUCCAGAACCUGAGGAACCGGACAGAGAGGAUCGCAGACCUCGGCCUGGUGUGGAUCAGGAGCCUCCAACUGAAGAUUACAAUGACCGUCUGGAGAGAGAAGAUUAUGAUGACUAUGGCCAUAGCAAGAAUCCAAAGAAGCCUAAAGUUCCAGAACGUAAACCUGAUCGUCCAGUAUAUGUAAAACCUACACCCAAGAAGCCUGAAAUUGUGACAACCACAACAGCCCUACCAGCUCCAGAAUACCCGUAUCCCAAGCCAGGAUUUAACUAUGAUGACUAUGAUUACACUACAUUCCUGAAACCUCCAGAAGAAAAGGAGGAAGAAGAGUGGACAGAUGAAGAGAAAUACUCAUCAAAGAAACCCCAAAAACCAACCAGCAGCAAAGAGGAGCGAGAGAGAGAAGAGGAAGAGGAAAGAAAACGGAAAGAAAAAAAGCGCCCUGAUGAAUGGGAUUCAGAGGAGGAGGAAGAGAUCCCAAAGGAGAAGAAAAAGUGCCCACCCAUUGGCAUGGAAUCCCAUCGGAUAGAAGAUGAUCAAAUUCUGGCCUCUUCCAUGUUGCGCCAUGGACUGCACUCUCAGAGAGGUCGGCUUAAUAUGCAGGCAGGUACUAAUGAAGAUGACUUCUUUGAUGGUGCGUGGUGUGCUGAGGAUGGGAUUCUGGUUCAGUGGUUAGAAGUGGACACUCGAAGAACUACAUUAUUCACUGGCAUUAUCACACAGGGCCGGGACUCCCUGAUCCAUGAUGACUUUGUGACCUCCUUCUAUGUGGGCUUCAGUAACGACAGCCAGAACUGGAAUAUGUACAGCAAUGGAUAUGAGGAUAUGAUGUUCUUUGGAAAUGUAGACAAGGACACACCAGUACAGACAGAUUUUCCUGAGCCUGUGGCAGCAAGAUUUAUCCGUAUCUACCCGCAGACAUGGAACGGAAGUCUGUGUAUGCGAAUUGAGGUCCUGGGGUGCCCUAUUUCCAAUGUGGUCAGCUACUAUAGCCAGAAUGAAGUGAUAACCUCCUCAGAUAAUCUAGAUUUCCGGAAUCAUAACUACAAAGAUAUGAGACAGCUCAUGAAGGUUGUGAAUGAGGAGUGUCCAACCAUUACCAGAACAUACAGUCUUGGGAAGACAGCUAAAGGUCUGAAGAUCUAUGCUAUGGAGAUCUCAGAUAACCCAGGAGAACAUGAGAUAGGAGAGCCGGAGUUCAGGUACACAGCUGGCCUUCAUGGGAAUGAAAUUUUGGGGCGUGAAUUACUACUUCUCUUAAUGCAGUUUAUAUGCAAAGAAUAUCGAGAUGGCAAUCCACGUAUUUUAACCCUUGUCCAGGACACCAGGAUUCAUUUGGUACCCUCACUGAACCCGGAUGGCUAUGAAAUUGCAAGUCCAAUGGGCUCUGAACUGGGUAACUGGGCGCUGGGACACUGGACAGAAGAAGGCUAUGAUAUCUUUACCAAUUUCCCAGACCUGAACACAGCGUUCUGGGCAGCUGAGGAUAGAAAAUGGGUUCCUCACAGAGUACCAAACAAUAACUUGCCCAUUCCAGAAGGUUUCUUGGCAGAGGAUGCCACAGUGGCGAUAGAGACUAAAGCUAUCAUUGCCUGGAUGGAAAAAAAUCCAUUUGUCUUGGGAGCCAAUUUACAAGGUGGAGAAAAGUUGGUCUCCUACCCCUAUGACAUGGCACGGGUGGUAAAAGAGGAAGAGCAACCCGUGUAUCGCCGUCAUCAUCAGCAAUUCCUUGAAGAUGAAGAGGAGGAAGAAGAAGUGUCUGAGGUAUCGGCAGAGGAUGAUGAAGGAGUGUCAAAGACUACUGAUCAUUCUAUCUUCCGGUGGCUUUCAAUUGCUUAUGCUUCUGCCCAUCUAAACAUGGGGGAUAUAGCCCGCGGGAGCUGCCAUGCAGAUGAUUACACCAAGGGCAUGGGCAUUGCCAACGGAGCUAAAUGGAGACCAGAGUCUGGCAGCAUGAAUGACUUUAGCUACCUGCAUACAAACUGUCUGGAGCUCUCCAUAUAUCUAGGCUGUGAUAAGUUCCCACAUGAGAGUGAGCUGGCUGAAGAGUGGGAGACCAACAAGGAAGCUCUGCUAACAUUCAUGGAGCAGGUUCACCGGGGCAUUAAAGGCAUUGUAACAGAUCGACAUGGGGAACCAAUAGCCAAUGCUUCCAUCUCAGUGGCAGAAAUAAAUCAUGAUGUCACAACAGCGGCUGGCGGGGACUUCUGGCGUAUCCUGAACCCUGGAGAGUAUCGAGUAACAGUACGGGCCGACGGUUAUACUCAGAGCACUAAGACAUGCAACGUUGGCUUUGAAAUCGGGGCAACCCACUGCAACUUUGUCCUGGCUCGCUCCAACUGGAAGAGAAUCAAUGAGAUCAUUGCAAUGAAAGGCAAAGGACCUAUCCGCCUAACACCACCUGGAGGUCGCAAGCUCACCCCUGCACAAAGACUUCGUCUACAGCGCCGACGUAUGUGGCUCAAUCGCCAACGCAACCUUACCACCACUCUCCCGCCCACCACCACAACUUUUGAACCAACUACCACUUUCCCUCCCACUGAUACUCCAACAACUAUGCCGCCCCACCGGCUGGAGCCACCUACUCCUACAGAAUCUCUGUGGGACACAGAAACUGAGACCUAUACAGAAAUUGUCACAGAGGUGGAGACAGAGAUCUGGGAAGAAGAUGCCACUACUCCUGUGGCUCCAUUCACCACAGCAGAGACUUAUACUGUAAACUUUGGGGACUUCUAAGAGGAAAAAAAUGAAUGAAUGAAAAUGAGCUACAGACUGAUUUAUUUUUGGCAUAAAAGGAUUAAAAGUUCUACCCCCAAAGGAGUCAACACUUCCAGAAGAAGAAAGUAGGGUGUUGUCUAGAGCUACCAGAUUCCAGCUGUCAAGUUUCCAGUGCAGAUUAGAAAAUAAAAAGGUGGAUUCUGCAUUGCAUUGGGAGACACCCAUUAUAAAACAUCCCUUUUCAUGUGUAUAUAGCGAUUGAUUGGUAAACCACAAAGGAAGGUCCACCGUAGCUGGAGAGAACAGUGCUGUUGUUCUAUGAAGAGCCUUGCCGCCUCACUUAACGCUUAAUUAAAUCCUUGCAGUGCUAGAGUUUCCAUACAUCAGGACAUACUAUAUCCCCUCUGGCACAGGAGGUAAAUAUUCCAUAGGAAAAAUGUAUAUGCCUGUUAGAUGUCUGGCUUAACACCCUGCAGGUCCUACUGGCAACUGGCCACAGAGCACAAUGCUGUCCAAGUAUGUAAAAUUUCAUCAAUUACCAAUAAAAAAUACAUUUCUACAAAUCUC